AUGGAGACGCACAUUUUUCUAACGCUUGUACUGGCUAUGUUUCUCAGCGGAACUUCAGCGGCGCCCUGUUUCGAUUGCUGCUGCUGUUGUGGUCCUGUCGAGCCACAAGCGGAGUAUACCGACUCCGACACUUCUGUCGAGGAACACAAAGAGACUCGCUCAGCUCCCUUUCUCAACGAUAUGUCCAAUGGCUUAGCUGAUUCUGAAGCUGGAGCUUCAACUGCCCAGGAAAUGGCCGCUGCUACCGAGGGCGCUCCAGCACAAGCAAUCAAUUCAGCAUCCUCCCAGCAACCUGUACAGCAGAUCCCGCAGUACCCUGUACAGCAGCCUGUGCAUUAUCCAGCAUUCCCACCGGCCUUCCAAGCUCCGUAUCAUACUGCCCAUCCGCCUGUCCUUAAUCCUGUCUACCAUCCAAACUACCAUCCAGCUCAGCCUCCUGCCUAUCACCACCCUGGUCAUCAUCCAGCCCAUUCGUACCACCAUCCAGGAGGUUUCGUAACACCAGCACCUCCGCCAUCUGGUCUGCAACACGGGAAUCAUCCGCUGCCGAGAGUUUACAAAACGACAGAUCAAACGGUUUACGAUGUGUACUACAACCACUAG